AUGAACAAAAUAUUGAGAUUUUGUUUCAAUUGGGCUGAUUCUAGGCCAAGUAAAAUAGAAAAGAUAGAAAGUGGCGAUUCCAUUGAUAAGAGGAAAGAAGAGAAUAAUAGUAAUAUCAUGGGGUCGAAAUUGAAAGAGACAUUCUACAUAUCACAUGGAUCACCAACACUAGCCAUAGAUGAUUCAGUCCCUGCAUGGAAGUUCUUAUCAUCUUGGAAGGAGCUGUUUCCGCCGCGACCCUCUUCCAUUCUCAUCAUCUCCGGCCACUGGGACACCCAUGUUCCCACGGUCAACGUCGUUGACCAAAAUCAUAUCAUCGAAGAUUUCUAUGGUUUCCCCCAAGCCAUGUCCACGCUUAAGUAUCCGGCACCUGGGGCACCACACUUGGCAAAGAGGGUGAAGGAGUUACUGAUAGCAUCAGGGUUUAGCCGUGUGGAUGAAGAUAGGAAACGUGGGCUUGAUCAUGGUGCAUGGGUACCUCUCAUGUUGAUGUACCCUGAAGCAGAUAUUCCAGUGUGUCAACUCUCUGUCUCAUCUAAGAGAAGUGGCAUUUAUCACUAUAACAUGGGAAAGGCUUUGGCUCCUCUUAAGGAUGAAGGUGUUCUAAUCAUUGGCUCUGGGAAUGCCACCCAUAACCUCAGAGCAAUGACAUACCGUAAUAGCCCUCCUCCUCCCUGGGCUACAGCUUUUAUUUCCUGGCUAAAAAGCUCUCUUCUUGAUGGAAGAUACGAGGAAAUAAAUCAAUUUGAAGAGAAUGCCCCAUAUGCAAAAGUGGCUCAUCCCUGGCCAGAUCAUUUCUUUCCAUUGAAUGUGGCCUUGGGAGCUGCUGGUGAAAAAGCAAAGGCCAAACUUGUACAUGAUAGUUGGGAUUAUGGUUCUGUGUCUUAUGCUUCUUUUGGUUUUACAGCAGCUACUAACAGUUGAUACCUCCACAUACUCAUAGCUUCUCUAUACUGUUGUUUUAAUAUAUAUAUAUAAUUAAUUAAAAUUACAUUUACAUUGUUAUGAUCAAUGAGGACAUGUGAAAUUCGUGUAUGUUUGUUUAUUUGUUAGUCUCUAAAAGCUGGAUGUUUGGUUCCUAUCUGGCAAGAGGUUCAAUUCAUUUUUCG